AUGAUGACGGCUAAAUGUGCUGCGCUGCUGCUGCUAUGCUGGUGCUGGGCAGAGGCUACCAGUGCAGCAGAGCUCUCUGAGGAUGAAGUCCCCCUCGUCAGUCAGGAAGGCCUCGUCAAACAAGCUGACCUGCAGACCCAGGUACAGGAGCUGCAGGCCGUGGUGAAGAAACUGGGCGAGGUGGCGGUGAGGCACACCAUGGCGCUGAGCUCGGCCCAGUCCGGGGUGACGGCCCUGGGCACCAGGGUCACGGCCGGGGAGCGGCAGGCGGAGGACCAGGGCAUGAGGCUGGUGCAGCAAGCGGGGCGUCUGGAUGGGGUGGAGGCCAGGGCGGGGACCAAUGAGAAGGAGCUGGAGAGACACCAGGCCACCAUCACCCAGCUGGGGAUGAAGCUAGAGGUGGCCAUGAUGCAACUACAGGCCAACGGGAAACAGAUUGACAGCCUGAAGACGGAGAAUACAGUUCAAGGAUCUCAACUGAAGAACUUGGAGGCCAAGUUGAAGGCAGCUGAAGAGCAGUUGGAGCAUGUGCUGACUGUGAAUGAAGCACAAACCAAUGAGCUGAAGAAGCUGAGUGAGAGAGUCUCUACAGCGGAGGAGCUGGUGAAACAGCAUAGCACCACUGUAGUGGUCUUGACAGAGAAGGUGGGCAACCUACAAGAAGAGAACCAAGCUCAAACCAAUGAGCUGAAGAAGCUGAGUGAGAGAGUCUCUACAGCGGAGGAGCUGGUGAAACAGCAUAGCACCACCGUAGUGGUCUUGACAGAGAAGGUGGAUGACCUACAAGAAGAGAACCAAGUCCAAGCCUCUGAGAUCCAUGACCUUUUCACGAGGUCAAAUUCUACCGAAAUCCAAGUUGGCGAACAGGAGACAGCUCUGGGGGUGGUGGAGUCUGAAAUUGAGGCAUUGCAGAAGGAGAAUGCAGGCCAAGCCACAGAUAUUGAGGCCCUUGCUGACAAAUCUGUUGCCACCGACAACAAGUUGGAGGAACAGGAAACAGCUGUAGGUGAACUGAAGGAGGAGAUGGAGGAGAUAAGGACCAGUGGCUCAGCUCAGGAUGUGCUGCUCACCUCCUUGGCCAAUCAGAUGAACUCCACCCAGAGCCAGGUACAGCAGCAGGCCUCCACAGUGCUGGAGCUGAGGGACGGACUGAACCAGCUGAGAGAACACAACAGACUUCAAGACCUUGAGUUGAUCGUCCUUGGCGCGAGGUCAAACUACACUGAAGCUGAGCUGCACGAGCAUGAAGUGGAGAUUGAGGAGCUGAAGGCCGAGCUGAAAAGACUGAGGGAUGAGAAUGCAGAUCAGAAUAUUGCACUAGAUGUUCUUGAAAACACGUGGAACUCCACUGAUGUCCAAAUCAAUGAAAUCCACUCUGAAUUGGGAGACCUGAACGUGAUCAUUGAGAGGCUAGAAAAGGAGACUACAGACAGGCCAAAGGUAGCCUUUUCAGCAUCUUUGGGGAUAAAUGCAGACCUCGGCCCAUACUCAAGCUUCUAUACACUUCCUUACAAGAGAGUUCUAGCAAACAUUGGGGAUGCUUAUGACCCAAAAACAGGCAUCUUCACUGUCCCUGUGAGUGGAGUCUAUUUCUUCAGAUACACUGUGGCCUCGAAGUCAUCAUAUUAUAGCACUGGUGCCAUACUGUACAAGAACGAGGCGCAGGUCAUCAACAUCUUCACCCAUGAGAAGAACGGCCAGCUUCGCCACUUCUCCAGUGGCACUGUGCUUCAGGUCAACAAGGGGGACAAAAUCUACGUGAGGCUGGAGACCAAUUACCAGCUGUAUGAUGAUUCACACAAUCACAACACCUUUGGCGGGUUCCUUCUUUUCCCGAUGUGAGCGAGAGAAAAAAAGGACCUGCCCUCUGAGGACCUGACCUUUGUUUUAAAGGCCCGUCAUGUCAGUGAUGCACCUGAAAUUCAGUUUUCAGC